GCCCACUGCCUCGCUCACCACCCACUGCCCUCCACCUCCCGUCUGACUGCCCUGGUUCGCUGGCUGAGGUUUCCACCCUCUUCCAAUCUUGCCCGUGGGAGUCCUGCACCUGGCACCCGCACCUGGCUAUCUGGUGGUCCCCCCGUCUCCGUUCCCCGUCUCCGUCUCCGUCACAACAACCAACUCGCAACUUUAACUUUAGCACAAGCACACCACCACCACGUCCAGCGGCACUACUUGUCAGGACUCCUUCAACAACCACCCAACACCCCAUCUCGAUUUUCCUUCCCUUUUCCAUUUUGCAUCUUUUAUCGACCAAUUCCAGGCCGCGUGAUACCCUCUCCGCCCUUUCCAUACCCGUCGACAAUAAAGCACCGUCGACAAUCAACUAUCCAUCUUAAUCUCUCCCCUAUUCACACAACCACCAAACCGACACCAUGUCUGCUGAACUCCGCCGAAAGCUCGUCAUCGUUGGCGAUGGUGCCUGCGGCAAGACCUGUUUGUUGAUCGUCUUCUCCAAGGGAACCUUCCCCGAGGUCUACGUCCCUACCGUUUUCGAGAACUACGUCGCCGAUGUCGAGGUUGAUGGCAGACACGUCGAGCUCGCGCUAUGGGAUACGGCUGGUCAGGAGGAUUAUGACCGUCUCCGUCCCCUGUCCUACCCCGACUCUCACGUCGUCUUGAUCUGCUUCGCCAUCGACUCCCCCGAUUCGCUCGACAACGUUUCCGAGAAGUGGCACUCUGAGGUUCUCCACUUCUGCCGUGACGUCCCAAUUAUCCUCGUCGGUUGCAAGAAGGAUUUGCGCCACGACCCCAAGACCAUCGAGGAGCUCCGCAAGACCAGCCAGAAGCCCGUUUCCCCCGAAGAGGGUGAGGCUCUGAGGAAGAGGAUCAACGCCCACAAGUACCUCGAGUGCUCGGCCAAGACCAACGAGGGUGUCCGUGAGGUGUUCGAGAACGCGACAAGAGCCGCCCUUCUCAAGAAGACAAAGACGAAGAGGGGCCUCUGCAAGAGCUCGGUCUAAACGAACCACAGCUCUGAAAGAGACGCUUUUACUUCUACCGCACGACGAACAACAUCAUCUGCACCAAGCCCUCCCCGGAUAGCCUCGCAAUAUGUAAUCAAGCAACGGUUUUCAAAGCGAAAGAAAUAAUCACCUUAGUUGAUCAUUCUCUGCCAAUGUCGCCGUCAAUGCUGCUACCGAGCGGAUAAUAUUUCACAGAGAGAAGAAGAAAGGGGUGGGGAGCGCAAAUGGGGAG